UGGAACAAUAAAAAUCUUGAAAAACUGAAAAUGGAAUAUGCUAGCGAAUUUCAACAGUAUGCCAAGCUUCCGAAGACUGAAGUAACUUUGAGAGAAUGGAUUAACGGGAUGAAUUUGGAUAAAACAAUUGGAAUAAUAAAAAAAUGGCAGAUUGAUAAUAAAUUUAGAAUGAAGAGUGAAUUCGUUAAAGAGCGCGAUGUCGAAACCUAUGAAAAGGCAAAUAAGGAAGAAGACAAGAAGCAAAAGAAAAUAAUGAUAGACAACUACGUUAAUCAGUAUUCUAAAGAAUUUGCUGCAUGGGGAGUGUUAACAGAAGAUAAUAUUAAAAAAUUUAAAAAUAUUUAUCUUAAUGAUAUGGAUGAUCGAUACAAUAAUUGGCGCCGCAAGCUAAGCCCCUAUUCUUUGUUGCUGAAUUCGGCCUAUUUAAAGUUUGCCCAAAUUCUAAUUCAAAAACUUAUGAAGGCGGUAAUAAUUCAAUAUAAUCUAACUUCACUAAAGUUAAAUUUCCCCAGCUAA